GAGAAACAGUACGGCGAUCGGAAAAAAAAAACUCUUAAAAGAUGCAUUACGGCGCGGCGGUGAACGGACGGAAACGUGGACUGAUACUUCUAGGCAGAAGAAACUUCUCGAGAUCCUUUUCCUCUUCUACUUCUCCAUUAUCUGAGCAUGAGUGUUUCAUUAAGGAUGUCGCAAAAGCUCAGCCUCCUAAGCAUCUGACUGAGUUGCUGAACAUAUUCAUAGCUAGAGGUAAAUCCAUAGCUUCUCCUGGUGCCAAGCAAGGCUUGUUGCCUCUUACUAUUCCAUUGGUGAGAAUGAGUCCGGGUUCUUCAAUUGCUCUGUUGCGGUGGCCAACAGCUCCUUCUAGUAUGGAGAUGCCUGUGGUGGAAGUUCAGAAACAUGGGGUUUGGUUUUUAGCCAAUAAUGUUGAUCAGUUCAUUCACAGAAUAUUGGUGGAAGAAGAUAUUUCUAAACCCGACGAAUCAAGUCAAGAAAUCUUCAAUGCUGCAGGCGAAGCUGGGAAGAAACUUUACAAUAAGGGUGACUUUGCCAAGUCAAGACCGAUGGAUUUGGAUGCCUAUCUAUUAAGAAAGGUUGGACUGUUUCCAGAUUCCCUAGAACGUAAAGUUAUUAGACAUAUCGAGAAUGGAGACCAUGUUUCAGCUUUGGUGGCUGCUGAGUUUUAUACAAAGAGAGGGAACUUCCCAGGAUUUGCCCGACCUUUUGCUUUCAACGCAAAAGUUUUGCUGAAACUUGGCCGUAGCUUAGAGGCGAAAGACGCUGCUCGGGGUGCUCUGACAUCUUCAUGGUGGACCUUAGGAUGUAGAUACGAGGAAAUUGCUCACAUAGCAGAGUGGGGAGAGGAGCAAAUAGUUAAGUAUAAAGAGAGAAUCACAGGUGAAGGAAGACAACGAGAUAUAGACAGGGGAAAGCCAAUAUCUCAGGCAUAUUUGGACGAGGCUGCAUUCUUACUGAAUCUAGCGUCACUUGAAGGGACAUGGGAAGAAUCACUGGAUCGGGUUGCUCAAUGCUACAAGGAAGCUGGACUUAACGACAUCGCCAAGUUUGUUCUGUACAGAGAUUGAGAAGUCUCUUUUAAAGGUCACAUUUUGUUCGUUGAGACAUGAGAUUAGUUUAUAUCAAAUGAUCUUUUCAUUUGGUGUCUACGUUGGAAAUUUAUUUUAACCCUGCUAAAGAUUCAUUGAGUCAAGA